AUGGACGCAAAACUCACCAUCGCCGACAAAUUGGGCCGCGGGCUCACCAACGGCAUCUACUUUGUAACUCGCAAGUGGAAGACGAUCAUGCUAGGCUAUAUCUUCAUCAUCUCAAUCGGCAGCGCUCUUCUCUACUUCCACGAUGGUCUGUCCCCUCUGCCCCUCUACCUCUCCCAUCGUCACUCACUAACACCAUCAGAACCCCAACCCUCCCUCCAAACCCGAAGCUGGGGCGGUUUCGACGAACGUCCCCUCACAGAGAAAUGCUACCGCCAAGAACGCACCGCCAUGAUCCUCUCCCUCCUUCUUGGAACCCUCGGCGUCGACCAGUUCUACGCCCAUCACUGGCCUCUCGCCGUGUUCAAACUCCUCACCCUCGGCGGAGCGGGUACAUGGGCGUUAAUUGAUAUGAUUCUUUGGAUUGUGGGCGGUGUGUACGGGACGCCUGGAUGUCCUGGGGGUAGUUCCAAGGGAUGGCAGUACUAG